AUGGCACAACACUGGUAUAGUCGACUACCCCCUAACUCUAUAUCCUCGUUUGGAGAUUUGAGCCGAGCUUUCAUUGGCCAGUUUAUUGGGAGCAAAACCCACGCUUCGUUGAUGAACCUUCACGGAGGCAGGAACGAAUCCCUUCGAGACUAUAUGAAUAGGUUCACCAAGGAGGCACUCAAAGUCCCGGAUUUGGACCAAAAGCUAGCGAUGAUCGCCCUUCAACAAGGAACCACGGAUGAUAAUUUCCGCCGCUCACUAGCCAAGAGGCCCCCUGACAACAUGAAUGAGCUGCAGGAGAGAGCCGGGAAGUAUAUUAAGGCAGAGGAAAGCAUGAGAAAAUCCCAGAACAACCAGGGACCAACCACGGACUCUAAGAAGCGUGGGAACGAUACUAAAUAUGAUGCUGAUAACAAGUAUAUGAAAAGGGAAGAUGGUGAGAAGUCACCCACCAAGAAGCAAUCAGGACCGAGGUUCACAGAGUAUGGAAGGCUGAAUGCCCCUAGGAGUCAGAUUUUGAUGGAAAUUGAGAAAGAGGGAAGUGUUCGAUGGCCGAAGCCAAUUAGGACCGACCCCGAACAAAGAAUCAUGGACUUGUAUUGCAGGUUUCAUAGGGAUACGGGACAUAAGACCGAUGAUUGUCGACAGUUGAAGGAUGAGAUUGAGUUUUUGAUCCGGAAAGGAAAGUUGUCCAAGUAUACUAGGGAUGCAGAUAGGAAUACCCUUGACAAUGAUAGUCGAGAUAGGGACAAUGAUGAUCAUGAUAGGAGAACCGAGCCUCGAGGGCCCGUGAUCAAUAUGAUCUCUGGGGGACCGACUGCAGCAGGCUUGUCUAGUAACUCACGAAAAGCUUAUGCUCGUGAAGUGAUGUGUAUUGUUGGAGAACCCCCGAAGAGGGCCAAGACCGAGGUUGCGUUAACCUUUGAUGAUUCUGAUCUAUCUGGAAGGGGUGAAGUUCCCCCAUAA